CAAAUGGAAGACAGCAUGUCUAGUCCCAACCCUCUCUCCCACUUCCACUCACUCCUCACCUCCCUCCCUGCUGAGGAAACAGAUAGCUACUCAGACACAGACAUGGACUCUGCUUCCCACUUCUAUUUCCAGCCCAAUAGCACCAUGAAAUACCCUGACUCUGACCGUGAAUGGAACGUGACAGAGAGGAUGUGGAACUGUUCCAGUCUACCAAGCUUCAUUGAGCACAUGAGGAACUCUUCGGCUGGUCCCCAGUGUUUCCUGAGAGCGUUCAUCGCCCCCCUCUCUUGGGUUGCCCUGAUGAUGAAGGGUGGGGACGACAUGGAACCAGAGGAUUAUGGGAGGCUUGUGUGGGCCGCUAAGCCCCUCCUACAGAACAUGCCCCCACCACAGAUGACCCUGCCUCCCUGGAUACAGAACCCCCACCUGGAAAAGAUGAUGAAGAUGCUGGGAGAGGUGUUUGGGUCUCUCUCUGAGGAGCAGCGUGUUCAGAUCAGAGAGUGGGCCAAGGAGCAGGUGGCCCAGAACAACUACAACUGCAGCCACACUGCUGCAGCCUGGCGCCCCAGACCUAUACAAGAACAGAAACCAGGACAGACACAUAGACCAGAACAGGAACCAGGACAGAAACCAGGACAGACACACAGACCAGAACAGGAACCAGGACAGACACACAGACCAGAACAGGAACCAGGACAGAAACCAGGACAGACACACAGACCAGCACAGGAACCAGGACAGACACCUAAACCAGAACAGGAGCCAGGACAGACACUCAGACCAGAAGUAGGACAGAACUGGCCUGCUAGACCACCACAGCCUGAUAUGACAGUGAUGCCCAGCCCCUGUCCUCCCAGGCUGGUGUGGCUGAAGAUGGAUGUGAUGAAGAUGAUGGGGCCCUUCCUUUCCGGGCUGCCCAUGGACGACAUCCAAACCAUCCCCAACGACCAGUUGUGUCAAUUCUUCCAUUCGCCCCAGUUCCCUUCCUCCUUCAGAGGGGUGGGGGGGCUCCCUCCUCUUCAGGGCAGAAAGAUACUCCAGAAGAUCCGAGAGUGCUCCCAGAAGAGAGAUGACUUGGUCCGGAACCUGGACAGACUGGGCUCGCUGGCAUGUUUCUAUGAUGACGCCCCAACCCUAAACUCCUCCAUGAGCCGGCUCCUCCUCUCUCAACUUGAUGAAUGUAGCAACUCUGGAGUCAACAAGCUGAAGAAGAAGCUCGUCAACACUGUGAUGUCAUCAUCUAUGGAUGAUACCAGUCCUGAGCUGCUGCGUGCGCUGGGUCCCGGUGUUACACUGCUUUCCCCUUUCCAUCUCUCCCAGUUCUCCCCCGACGCCCUCAAGGACACCCUGAUGUCACUGGGGUCAGAAAUGAAGUGGGGUCUGACCCAGGCCAAAACACUGGCCAAUAAACUACUGCAGGGGAAGCAGGAGGUGUCUGGUAAGGAGUUAAUGUCUCUGGGUUCAGCUGUGACGGGCGUGGCCACCUCUGUCCUCAGGAAGGUCAAAUCCCAGGGGCUUCUGGAUAAUGAGGGUCUGGACAUGAUGAGUCAAAAGAUGACCAGUCUACAGAGAAAAGCAUUGCUGGAGGGGCUACUUGGGGAUGUGAAUGCCUCAGAGCUGAUCCAGAAAGUCCCUGCCUCUCUGCUGUCCAGCCUAUCCCUGACUACCCUGGACAAGGCUAACCUGACCUCCCUCGACCAAUUGGAGGGCAAGCAGUGGACACGUGCACAGUCGGCCUUUCUGGUCAGAAAUAUCCUCGGCAAGAAGAUGACACUUCCAGACAUGCGGAAGCUGGGCUCGGCGAUGCAGGGCGUGGCCUGUGAGAUGAUUGAAAAGGUGGCUGAAAGUGGCGUCCUGGAGAUGGCCCAAGCUGUGACAGAGACUCCACGCUGGCUCUCUAAGACACAGGUGUGCUGUACUGCACAGAGUCUGUUUGCAGGUUUGGAGAAAAAGAGAGCAGGCUACUUCAACAACAUCACAGACACAGAGCUGGAGGAGAUCCCCACCCUGCUGCUGCUUCACCUGCCGGCUGCGAAGAUAGCCAGUCUACCUGCCUCUGUAUGUGCUGUGUUCAUGAAGAAGAUGAAAGAGGCCAACCUGAGUUCUUUGCCUCUCACCUCUCGCUCUCGCCCCACACUGACCAACAGAGCCCUGAACUGCCUGGGGAGGAACAUGUCAAAGUUGUCCAGUGAGGAGGUGUUGAGUCUGGGGUCGCUGCUGUGUGAGCUGGCCCCCUCUCAGAUGUCCCUCCUGGCCCCUGAGGUUCUCAACUCCACCGUGCAGGCCCUGGCCUCCUGCAAACAGAUUCCUCCACGCCACUGGAGGGCGCUCUUCCAGCUGCUCAAUGAUACAUACGGUGACCCGUCUGAUUGGACAGCUGACACCAUCAAAUCCCUGGGUCCUCUUCUCCUGUUGGAUGAUUCUGCUGUCCGCUCACUGCGCUUUAAGUCGUGGCUGAAAGAGACUCUGUCUGACCUGAUGGACAGCCUACCCAGACCUCCGGUCCCUAGCCCUCCUCAUGAGUUUAGUAGUGGUCCGGACCUCUCAGCCCUGCGAUGGAAACUCUUCUCUCUCUCCUCCUCCACAUCUGAAGUAAUGUCCAUGCGCAGGAGGAGAGCAGUUCUCCCUCAGGGGGAGGCGGGCCUUACUGUGUCUCUGUUGGAGGAACUGGGCGGAGCCAAUGUCUACUGGAGCCCAGCCCAGCUCUCCAAGAUGGACGCCGUCACAAUCACCGCUGCCGUGGAAACGCUGGGGGAGGUCCUUGAUUACAGCGCCAAGCAACUAGUGGUGCUCAGAGAGAAGGCCAUCCAGACCUGGGGUCCAGUGUCAGGUUUGAAUGAGAGCCAGGUACUCCAGCUGGGCUGUGUCUCUCAGGGGUUCAACCUCACUGAGCUGCCCAGCCUCCCCUUCUCCUCCCUGGACACUCUGGAGACACUUUCCCGCUGCUCCUGGACACAACCACAGAGGGAGGCUGUGUGGAGGGGUUUUGUGGAGCGUAUUAAUAAGACAGUGGGAGAACUGGGAGCUGUAGAGUUGGUGGGACUGGACCAGUUCAUCUGUGGUCUGAACACUGAGGAGACUGGUCAACUCAACACUGAUGCCUUCAGGGAGGCAGUACAGUCGGUGGGCGAGGUGCAGUGCCCCCUGGCAGUAACAGAGCUUCUGAAGCAGCGUGCCGUGGCUGUGUUUGGAGAACCACAGGGAUGGACUGAGGCUCGGGUCAACUCUCUGGGCAACAUCAUGGCUGGUUUGAGUUUGUCAGAGUUUCCGUCUCUCAGUCCCUCUGCCUUCUCAUUCCUCAGUCCGACCAGCGUUUCCCUUAUCCCCCCAGACCGCCUCGCUGCACUCUCAACCAGCCAGCUGAAGGCCCUGGGUCCUGACAAUGCUGCCAUGGUAACCAAUGCACAGUGGGCGGUGCUGGGGGAGGCACAACAGGCCGCUCUUGGCAAUGCUCUGGGUGUGGCCUACGACCGAAUGGCCAAUGACCGCGCAGAACCGACUACAAACCCACCCAGCAACCUGCCCCAACUCUCAGGAGCAUCUAUGCUGGGAACUCUGGGAGUUGGAGUCUUUAUGCAGCCCUUCUUGUUCCUACUGCUGGGGUUUGUCCUGUAGUGAGAAACUACACAUCCAAUAGACACGCAUGACAUAUGGAACUACUCAUGCAUGUGUUGAACAAGAAUAGAGAUUGUUCAUAAUAUGGCAUAUUUUAACACAUUUAAUAGUAACAAAUAUAACUUGUAUAUCCUGCUUCUUUUAUUAUUACCUAUUCUAGAUUAAGCCAGAGCAGGCCUUGAGCACAUCAAAGCAGAUACAGAUACCUAUGAGAAUGUAAAAGCACUUAAGAUAUUUUUUAUUCUAUUUGUUAAAGAAAUAUACACUGCUCAAAAAAAUAAAGGGAACACUUAAACAACACAAUGUAACUCCAAGUCAAUCACACUUCUGUGAAAUCAAACUGUCCACUUAGGAAGCAAAACUGAUUGACAAUAAAUUUCACAUGCUGUUGUGAAAAUGGAAUAGACAAAAGGUGGAAAUUAUAGGCAAUUAGCAAGACACCCCCAAAAAAGGAGUGAUUCUGCAGGUGGUGACCACAGACCACUUCUCAGUUCCUAUGCUUCCUGGCUGAUGUUUUGGUCACUUUUGAAUGCUGGCGGUGCUCUCACUCUAGUGGUAGCAUGAGACGGAGUCUACAACCCACACAAGUGGCUCAGGUAGUGCAGUU